CGACCACUUUCAUGUCAUUGCUAGUGAUUAUACGUCUUCCAGCGAGCACGGUUGGGAUUCCAACGAGGACAACAUCUAUCUUGGAGAAGAUUCCUCAUCUUCCGAUGAAAUUGGCGAUGACGUUGCUGGUGAUGAUGAUGAUGUUGAUGAUGCUACUAGUGACGACGAUGAUGAUGGCGCAUACGAUGCUCGUGCAAUAGUGGGCGCUUUUCGUGGUCGUUAUGGCACUUUUGGCGAAGAGUCUGGACUACUAUCUAGUAACCAUCACUGUGCGGGUGUCGCGGCAAGUUCUUCUAGCUCAUCCGGUUCUUCUUCGUCUUCUUCUGCGAAUAUUUUUAGGAAAGGAACAAAGAGUACAUCAGCAACUUCAAAGGAGACUACAAGAAGUUCUCCACUUGUUUCCUCCUCAAGCAAAAGCUCUUGUUCUUCAAGCUCGUCGCAUGCCAUGAAUUUGGCAAGUAGGACCACCGGUUAUCAUGGUAAUCAACAUGACGGAACGGCAGUCGCCAAGCGUACUUCGAAGCGAUGAGUGAUGGACUACGCAAGGUGUCUUCAUAUAGAUACUACAGUCCUUAUCUUUAUGUGACUUUCUAUAUCCAUUGUUUACUUAAGGUCUGACUAUAGAAGCAGAGAGCUUUUAUUUGUGUGUUUAAGAUAAAUGUGUUCUCGAAGUCGUUGAGCACAGCUUUUAUAUUUGCUCAUAUUCCUCUAAUAAAAUCACAGGUAUGAUUGGAAUUCGAAUAAGUGCGAUUCUGCAGUGGAGGCACGAUCUUGAGAAGCUGGCUAGAAGCUAGCAGAUAGGAGCUCUUACAAUUUCGUGACUUAAGUUUUCUAUUUUCAUAGUGACAUCCAUUAAUGUUUUAGGUUCGACAUCGACGCGCUUACAUGAAGACGC